GGAUUCGGAAACAAGUCGCCAAAUAUAACUUGCCAGGUAUAACAGAAGUGAAAAUUGAUAAUAUUUCCAAUGUGAAAUCGAUUUUUGUGACAGGAUUGCGAGAGCUACUAGUUGACAUGUUCGUUAUUAGAGGAGAAAAAAUGUAACAGCCACGCGCAAACAGAUAUUAACGGGAAAAAAGGGAAAAGUUUCUAGUCUAACAUAUUCAUGAUGAAUUUUAUUAUUGCUUUAAGAAAAGUACAGCACAAUUAUUGGGAUAGUGAUACCUUGAACUUUGAUACAUAAAUACAGUGAAUAAGAAUGGAUAUAAAGUGAAAAAGGAUUAACUCAAUUCGUGGAUGAUUUUGUUUGUAGUUUAAAAAAAUAUUUAUUAUACCGGAAGUAUGAAAAUACCGAAAAUAUUUCACAGAUAUUUGAGAUUAUAAAUCUACAAAGAUGCCGGGGGCACGAAGGGGUCUAGUUGCACCUCAAAAUACUUUUUUGGAAAAUAUCAUUCGACGAUUUAGCGGACAACAUUCGAGCUUCAUCUUGGCCAAUGCCCGUAUUGUGGACUACCCGACAGUGUACUGUAACGAUGGCUUUUGCAAGUUGUCCGGCUACAACCGUGCGGAGGUCAUGCAAAAGUCGAGCACGUGCAGCUUUAUGUACGGGGAGCUUACAGAUAAAGCAACCAUCAAAAAGUUAGAAGAAGCGUUCGAAGCGUUAAAACAGGAACAAGUUGAAAUAUUGCUCUACAAGAAAAACAGAUCUCCGUUGUGGCUACUUUUAAACAUGGCUCCAAUAAGGAACGAGAAAGACCAGGUUAUUCUAAUCUUAGUAACAUUCAAAGAUAUUACCGCAUUAAAACAACCAAUCGACGACGAGAAUGCACGAGGUAUGAGUAAGUUUGCCAGACUAGCUCGAUCAGUGACGAGAAAUAGGUCAACAAUUUUACAGUUUAGCUCCAGCAUUCCUAGCAUGAGGUUCGAGACGUCCCGACCGUCACAAAUUGCUAAUAUGAUGAACCUUAACGCCGAUGUACUUCCACAGUAUCGUCUAGAGGCGCCAAAGACACCGCCACAUAUCAUUCUUCAUUACUGCCUUUUCAAAACCAUUUGGGACUGGUUAAUUCUCAUAUUGACGUUCUAUACCGCUAUCACUGUCCCGUAUAACUCUGCCUUCAGGAACAAGACAAUGGACCAAGUCCCUCUCUUAGUCAUCGACAGCAUUGUAGACGUCGUGUUUUUCAUUGACAUCAUUUUAAAUUUUCAUACAACAUUUGUAGGCGCAAGCGGAGAGGUCAUAUCCGAUCCUAAAAUUAUACGCAUGAACUAUUUGAAGAGUUGGUUUGUAAUCGACCUACUCUCUUGUUUACCUUAUGAUGUGUUCAACGCCUUCCAAGAUGUAGACGAGGGUAUCAGUACUUUAUUUAGUGCAUUAAAAGUAGUGCGACUUCUUAGAUUGGGUCGUGUAGUGCGGAAACUUGAUCAUUAUUUGGAAUAUGGGGCAGCAAUGUUAGUGAUGUUGAUACUUGUGUUCGUCUUGUUUGCACAUUGGCUUGCUUGCAUAUGGUACUCAAUAGGUCUAACAGAAUUAUCGGCCCAUGUGAACUAUGGCUGGCUAACUGUGUUAUCAAAUGUGACAGGCAGUGAUUUUUAUUAUUCAAACUCUACAAGUGACCUUAUAGGAGGCCCUGGAAAAGGCAUGAGGUAUCUGACAGCAUUGUAUUUUACGUUAUCAUGUAUGACUGGUGUAGGAUUUGGGAAUGUUUCAGCGGCUACAGAAUCUGAAAAAUUGUUUUCCGUGUUCAUGAUGAUCAUCGGAUCUCUGUUAUAUGCCACGAUCUUUUCCAACGUGACCACCAUUUUCCAGCAAUUCUAUGCCAGUUUCGCCAGGUAUCAUGACAUGUUGAACAAUGUACGAGAAUUUAUGAAGCUUCACGACGUCCCUAAAUCACUAAGCGAGCGUGUAAUGGACUAUAUUGUGUCAACGUGGGCUAUUACAAAAGGAAUAGAUGCAGCUAAAGUGCUGAAUUAUUGCCCGAAGGACAUGAAGGCUGACCUAUGUGUGCACCUCAACAGGAAAGUGUUUUUAGAACACCCUGCCUUCCGUCUCGCCAGCGACGGAUGCUUACGUGCCUUGGCCAUGCAUUUUACAAUGACUCACAGCGCUCCUGGUGACCUUAUAUUUCACCAAGGAGAAUCUCUUGAUGCACUCUGUUUUGUAAUUUCUGGGUCAUUAGAGGUGAUACAGGACGACGAGGUCGUUGCAAUUUUAAGUAAAGGCGACGUGUUUGGGGAUAACUUCUGGAAGGAGGGAUCGUAUGGCCAGUCUACGGCUAAUGUACGAGCAUUGACCUAUUGUGACCUUCACACAAUCAAGCGUGACCGCCUUUUAGAAGUGCUCGAAUUCUAUCAUGCUUUUGCAAAUUCAUUUGCUAGAAACCUAACGCUUACAUAUAAUCUAAGACAUAGAAUCAUAUUUAGAAAAGUAGCUGAUGUCAAAAAAGAAAAAGAAUUAGCGGAGAAAAGAAAAAACGAUCCACCUUUAGAACUGUCAAAUGACCAUCCUGUCAGGAAACUUAUUUCUCGAUUUAGAAAAAUGGGAGAUAACAAAGCACAGGAUCUAGAAAAAGGAGGUCCAAAGGUGUUCGGGGCUGGUGAUAGACCGGUUAGCGCAACUAAAAUAAUUAACGUCAGUGAAAGUCCAUCUUCAACAAAUAGCGUGCCGAAAAUUGGGGGCGGGGCUUCUAAAUGGGGUAAAAUACUGGGUGGAAACGUUGAAAACAAAAGCAAUAAUAUAAAUACAUAUAAAUUACCAGAAACUAGUGCACAAGAGGACGCAACUCAAAAAGUUACAGAGAAUAAACCAAGAAACAAUAAUGAAGCGUCCAGAUCUAUCAUAAGACAUGUAGCCAAAUUGAAUAAAGUUUUAGAAAAUGCACCACCACCUGUUGAUGAAUCACCUGAAGAUGACGAAAAGAGUAACCUUAAGAAAACUGAAUCAUUAGAUAGUGGUAUACUGAAGAGCAAUAAAACACUCGAUCAAAUCAGUAACAGCUCUGAUAGUUCACAAUGUAGUAGGCAUCAAUCUAGUGGACCUUUAUCUGUUGCUGAGCAACAAAUGCUUACCUCUUUGUAUGAUAUUAGACUAGAAUUCAAAGAGGAAAUGGAAAUAAUGCAUCAAAAGAUGAACCGUAUAGAUGAACAAAUUUCAGAGAUUUUAAGGAUGUUUUCACCUAGUGUUUCUCAAUGCUCAUCACACGUUCCGUCUUGUCCAUGUUCUCAUAGUUGUUCUAAAUUCACAUCACCACAAAACACCACCACAAACAGUGCCGAACAUUCCCCCAAAACAUCUUUAUCAUCUUCACCUCAUCGUUCAUCACACGGCGCAUCAUCUAGUAGUGUUCACAAAUCAGAACUCGCAAAUAUGUGUGAUGACGUUAUAAAUAUGGAUAUAAGUCAAACAGCGAACGAUCAAGAGAAAAGUAAUACUAAACAAACUUCAAACCCAUUUAUAACUGACAGGCACAGAAUGCCAAAACAUCACCCGAAAUAUCAUCAAACUUCGUCGUCGGAAACUAGUGAAAAUGGUGGUAAAGUUCGUGCAAAAACAAAUAGGGUUUCACCUGAAAUUCCAAUUAAACCUGAGACAGAAAAAUCAACAGAAAAGACAAACCCUUCUGGACUAGACGGGGCGCUUACAACAAGAGAUAUUGACAUUCCAAUUAAGGAUCGUGACCUUGAUAUUCUGUGAUUGCAAGAAGCUUUCUUCUGUGAUAUUUCCUAAGGGUUGUAGACAUCAUUCUGAUAGAUUUGAGCUAUAAGUGAGUGUGCAAGGAAUGUAUAGCCAAAUUGUAAUGCUUAAGUUUAAAGCGUUUUUAUUUGCAAUUUCUUAGUGUUAUUAACCGGUGCACCCAUCACACCUUUGAUUGUUUAUCAGUGCGGUAUGCAUUUACAUUAUUUCCGAGGUGUUUAUACAUUUCUUAACAUACACAAAUUUUUCAACCGCUUGUAUCAAAACUGCCUGCUCUUUUUAAAGUUCACAUUGUACUUUCCGUUUUUAAAAUAAUGAUAUUUAAGUUAGGUUCCUUACUUAUACAGAAUGUAAGGCCAAACUUGUAGUUCAUAAAUAUAUAACAGAUUGAGUAUGUAUGUAUUCAUUAACACAGUUACAGACUAUUAUGUAAACCUUACGAUUGAAUAAAAGCAUUAGGCCCCAUGUUCCGAACGCUCUUUAGUAUCACCCAUACCAAAAGACGUCUUUACUGUAUCAUUUGUGCCUGAUGACAAAAUGACAUUAUCUUUUGCUUUACCUUAUUUAUAUUGUAAAAUCUAGAAAUACGGUUCAUAAGGAUGACCAAGUUACUUAAUAUAAAAGUUCUUUAUUAAUUUAAUUAAGCGGCUCUCAUAAAAAUGUGCAACUGACGCCUUAAUUCGAUGUCCUUUAUUAUAUAUGUUUGGCAUUUAAAAAAAAACCCUCUACUCUUAAGUUGAUACCCGAACCUUCUUCUCCACGAUGAAGAACGAAAUGUUAAUCCUUCUUUAGAGUUUUAAUUCAAAUAUGGAGCAGCAUUUUAAUAGCUAGAUUAUGACGUACCAUGAAUUAUUAAUGAACUUUUAAAAGCUGUCAUCUCCCUAUAGACACCAUAUAACUAAACAUAUAAAAACGUUAUCUGUGUAAAUCAAACAAGAAAUGAAAUUCAUGUUUAUGGUACUGGUACUGUCAAUCAAUCACCCCUAUGUUUUAAUUUUCAUUAAUAAUUCAGGCUGUUAUAUAGAAACUAAAAUAGAUUAUUAUUGGGUCUCUCUAAUGGAAUAUGAUUUCCUUCAUAUAUGUCAAACAGCAUGAGUCAUACAAACAAUCUUUUCUUAUCAAUUAACUUCUUAUUAUGAAAUUAUUGUAUUAAGAUUGAUACCAGAUUGAUAAAUACGAUGAAAAUUUAAUAGUUUAUAAAUUGAGAAACAAUGAUCAUUUUAAAAGCUCAAAUGAUUUAAAUAUUGCCAAGAAUGAAACAUUAGGUAAGUCACGUAAUUGAAAUAAUUUGAUCCGGCCAUUUCAUGUUAAUGUUUGUAGUUUUGCUUAAAUAUGUAUAAAAUGCAUAGACAAAAGACGUGAAAAUCAGCAUGCUUUCUGAAAGAAAUCUACAAGCGUUUCAACAUUGUAUCAUUCAAUGACAGAAAUAAAUUUAUCUAUAAGCAUGCAAAUCGUAUAGCGUUAACAUCCUCAUAUUACCUUUAAACAUAAUUAUCGUACAAACAAAGUAGGCUUGUAGCCCAAGUUACUAAAACAUAUUGCUAAUGCAACUGUGUGAAGGAUUGGAUUCAUAAUUUCAUUAAUAAAGAAAUUUUCCACUGUUGUGUUAUAAAAACAGAGACUUAUUUUCAGGUCAAAAUUAUCUUUUUUCUUUUUAUAAUUAUAAGGAAAUUUAAUUCGAUUUUAGCAUUAACUUUAAUGAUCAUUUUACUUUAAAAGAUGUUGUUAUAUGUGAAGUCAUUUUGCACCAACUAAAUACUCCUUUUCUUAUAAAACACUGGUCGCUUAUUUUGCAGCUUGCCUUCAUAACCCUGCGUUUAUUAACGUUGUUAUAAGAUAAUAUAUAAUAUUGCUUACAGCUUGCUUUAGAUUUCUAGCUCUUUUUGAUUUAUUUUUCCUUAACAUACAAUGUACAAAAAGUGAAGUUUCAGUUACAAACAAUUUGCUUAAGUAUAUAAUUAUGAUUUUUUUUUAGUCACAGUGUAUGCUUCUUAUCUGUGAAAAACGUUAUAGUAAGACAUGCUUUUGAUAUUUAACUUUUAAAUUAUGGUAUAUAAAUAAAUGAGCCGCGUCUUGACAAAACCAAUAUAAUGCGUUUGCGACCAGCAUGAAUCCAGACCAGCCUGCGCAUCCGCGCAGUCUGAUCAGGAUCCAUGCUGUUCGCUAUCAGUUUCUCUACUUGUUAUAGAGUUUGUAAGCGAACAGCAUGGAUCCUGAUCAGACUGCGCGGAUGCGCAGACUGGUCUGGAUCCAUGCUGGUCGCAAACCCAUUAUGUUGGUUUUGUCAUGACGCGGCUCAAACUAUGGUAUAUAAAUACAUACCAUCACAAGCUUGGUUGUUUACGGGUAAGGCUGAAUUAUAUAUUUUUGAAAGUGAAAAAAACUUCAGAUUUUUUUGUCAACUUGUCAACCAUAUUUUAUGUCUAAUACUUUGCGCUGAAGCGGCUUGGUUUGUCAAAUUCUAAGGAAUUUAUAUGUCAAAUGUAAUGUUUUUACUUUUAGAAACGUUCUAUAUCCGUAAGUGCUUUGUAAAAUCAAUAAAGUUUGACGUUAUUUGUUUUUUUAUAAAUGUUUCAUAAACAUUUGUUUAAGGUUGCAAAACGGUCAUUUCAAAUAAUUCGGUCAUUUCAAAUAAUUCAUUUAUCAUUUUCUCUCUCUCUUGGGUGUUAAAAUUAAAAGAUAAUGAACAUAAAAAAGUUGAAAACAUUUAAUGUCGUCUAUUUUUAAGUAUUUUAUAAGUCCCAAAGAAUAUAUCAAAAAUAAGCACAUUAAUUCUUAUGUAUGCAUACCACUGUUUAAAACAUAUCUUAAAAUCUUCAGAUUAAUGCAUCGUCUCUAUAUGUGAUUGUUUCCCUUACUUAUUGCGUCGUAUGUGUCUUUAACAUAGUAAUUACAUUUUCAUACACUUUGUAUUGUUUCUUUUUUUAAUUAUUUGUGUCUCAAAAAUGACAUAUCAUAAUUGUAAAGUUAUCGAAUGAUACAAGGGUUAAGUGUACAUGUAAAGAUCUUAUGAUUUAAGAUAGAUUUUUAUACCUAACUUUCAAAAACAAAAAAACUGUUUGUUGGUAGUCAUGAUAAUUUAUCAUUAUUUCUCGUUUUAUUUGAGCUUCAUUUUAUUAAGAUGAUGUGUAAAAGAUGUCUAAAUUAUAUUUUUAAUUCAGAUUGGGAAACUAUAUUGGACGAGCUACAUGGCGAGUCCAAUAUGACUUUGCAAGCUGUAUUUUGUAAUUAUAUCAAGCAAUGAGUUUUUCAACUUUUACAUGGAUUUCUCAAAUAAUUUAACCAAUCAGAUUUGUUUGUUUAUUGGAACGUUUUCAAUUCAGAGUUAUAUGUGUUUUAAUUACAUCGUGUAUAUUAUUUAAAAUUAUGGAAAAAAGUGUGAAGAGUUGUAGUGCGAUUGUUUUUUGUGUGUCAUGCCAUCUUGCAUAAUAAACAUCGUCUUGUGGUUAUUUUUAAUAUUUUUGUUUAAAGCAGAAAUAAAAGUUCCCUGCAAAUUUAUAAUUGUUUUUACGUUUUUCUAAGCAAAUUGCAGCAUUUCAGCUGCGUUAAAUGUCUCAAACAUAAUUGUGUCACUUAAUUAUUUUCUUGUUAAAAUGUCGUUAUUGUUAUCAAAUAAUUUAAUUGUUAUUCCAUUGCCGGUUUGUUCGGACCAAUUACAUUUUCCUAAACUUCAUGACACAUUCCUGUACCGAUAGCGAUGUUUAAUUGCCUUUAGAUUUAAGUUUUCAGCAGCAAUGAUUUUUUGGUUUCUAAUUUAAUAUACUUAAACGCAAGAUAAUUAUUUUGAAACAAUUGAUGAAUUGUUACUGAAAUAGCUUUUAAUAAUUACAAAUUGAAAUUAUGUUAAUACCUUAUAUAGAUGAUUUAAUUAGCUUUUGCUCCGAGAACCGUGAUAUAGUUUAAUUCUUUAUUUUCACUGCAAUAAGAUAAUACAAAUGUUACCUCACAUUUUUGUUACAUGCUAUGUCUGUGAUUAUUAUGAAAGAAAAAGAUUAUCUGUCUUAUUUGCCCAUAUUAACCUUAAUUAUUAUUCUACAUUUAUAUUAUUACUGCCACUGUUUGUUUAUAGUUUCCAAGUGUUUAAGUGAUAUUAAAUUUUAGUGUUGGAUAUUAAAGUCGUGCCAAUACUGUAAAGGUUGUAUGCCUUUCCAAUUGUAUAGGUGAUGAAAGGCCUUAGGUGUCCACCUGCGCGCCUGUGCAUCGUUUUGAACACAAAAUGAUGCUUCGGUUGUACCACCGGCUGUCAAUUAUCUAGCCCAAUAGCUCUAUUACAUAAAAGAGUCCAAUGAUUGAGGCCGGAUUCGAACCAACAGCUGUAAGAAUAACGUGGUUUUAUAAUACCAGAAUAGUUAUUAAUAAUACAAGUUCUUAGAUUGUAAGUAAACUAAAAUAAUGUAAGUUCCAAUGGGUACCACAAGUUCUUAGAUGGUUCGUAAACAAAUAAAUAAUGAACUAAAUAGACUAAAUUUGCGAACAAAUCACGUCACAUUGUCGCCCUUUUAUUUUGUUUUCAGUCAUUACUCUUUAGAUUUUUAUAUUGUUUUGUCUUUUUGAAUAUGAUAUUGAUUUAUCGUUUCAUUUCUUAAUUUUUUUCAUAAUGAAAUAUUGAAAAAAAAAUAUUUAAUCAAAAUGCUUAACGCAAAGUGGUAUGAAACGAAUUUUUUUUUCUUACACUUUUGUUAUAUAUAAUAAGUUUAUAUUUAUAUUAACUUAUAUUGUAUACAAUGUAUGUCUGGAGGUUUUGUCAUUUUACACUGUUUUUAUUUUGUAACAAAUAUCCAUCCUAGCGCAUGGGUUUAAUAAUAGUUGAAUCCAAUGCAUUUGUUCCUGUGAAAACCCUAUCAUCCAUUUAAGGUAUGCAUAAUUAAACUGGAAAAAUACAUUUCACUUUUACUUAAAUUCACUUUCAUAUUUGUAAUCACGCACAUAUCGUUCACCUUUUUUUCAUUAUAACUGUUAUUAUAUUUAAAGUUGUUACAUGAUUGCUUGUUUUAUCACAUUUCUCUUACUUGUUUCAGAUUUUAUGAAUUGGUUUCUAAAUGAAUAAAAAAUAUCA